AUGCUUUAUUGGAUGGCUUUGGAUGGAGACGCUCUUCUUACUGGCACUGGUAGGGACUGGUGGGUCGGGCACUGGAACCGAGCAUCCCCUCCCUCAACAUUUUUGGCCACAACUCACGACGAGAUGCCCUUAAAAAGCAUUCAAAUUAACAGCAAAUUUGUACCAACUUUUGGCGGCAAAUUGAGAUUCACCUCUAGUAAGAUGUAUGCGGUGUUGGGUCGACGUCAUGGGCAGGUACUGGACGGCGACAUACAGGAGGGUUCGGCGGUGUUCAACGUGACGGCUGUACUGCCAGUAAUCGAAAGUUUUGAUUUCGCGAAUGAGAUCCGAAAGCAAACGAGUGGAAAGGCUUGUCCUCAACUCGUGUUCAGUCAUUGGGAGUUGUCGCACCUGUUCCGGUGGGAGUGGGAGUCACUACUCACUACUACUCGCACACAAGUAAUAGAUUUGGACCCGUAUUGGGUGCCGACCACUGAAGAAGAAUAUUUACUUUACGGUGAGAAGAGUGAUACUCACAACAGAGCCUUAAAGUAUAUGAAUGCCGUCCGAAGACGUAAAGGACUUCACGUUCACGAGAAGAUCGUCGAUGAAGACAGUCAAAGCGAGUCCAACCGCUUGCGUCUCAUUGAACGCCAGCGACAGCUACUCGAAAGCAAACUUCAGCGCCAACACCAAGUCGUCGCCACCACAUCCCGGCCCUCAACCGGCAGAAGUGCAAAGUCGGCACUUUCUGGUCAACGAUCGACCGAAAGAUUGAUAGACUUGGAAGAUGUGGGCGCAGGCAAUACAGGCGGUGCUCUCAACGCCGCCAUCUCUAAGGCCGAUGAAUACGAUGACUCGCAAAACGGCUCGUUUAAGGAUCAGUUGUCAUCGGCUGGCACUCAAAGACAAGUUCAGUCCCAACCACACGUCCAGUCGAUUCAUACGGUUUCCCCGCUUUCCUCACCGCGAAUCUCAUCAAUCAAUUCUAAACCACAGAUUGGUUUAAAAUCUGGUCUUCAGAUAAACAGAGCGGAUAUAAAUUCUGUGCAAAAUUUGAAUAUUAAUUUGGAUAAAAGUAAUGGCACUCAAGAAUUGGUUCAACUCAACCCUUUGAACACAAUAUUAAGUACUGAAGAUUUACUUUUGUUCGCAACGCAACCCAUUUCUCCGCAAACCACUCUUCAGUGCACAAUAAUCAGAGAUAAAAAAGGUCUUGACCGCUCUCUAUACCCAACUUACUAUAUGCAUCUCCAGGUUCCGAACACAGAGUUAGAUAAAAGUGAUAAAUCAAGUGAACAGUCGUCUCCUAAAUCUACUCUUGAAUUAGUGAACAUAACAAAUGAAAGUUCACUGAACCUCAACUCCAGUACUGAUACGGUUAAAGGCAACGACUCCGGUAGUCGUGGAUCUCACACCUCAUCUAAUAUCGGGGGUUACAGACAAGUGUUUGUAUUGUCCGGUCGGCGCCGCAAGAAGAGCAAGACAUACAUCAUCGGUAACGACCCGUUCGACAUCUCUCGCGGCAAUUGUAUCGCAAAACUUAAAUCCAAUGUUUUGGGGACACAAUUCACGGCACUCAGGAUUAUGAACCAAAGCGGUCAAAGACAAGAAAUUUCUACAAUCAUAUAUGAAACAAAUGUACUCGGAUUUAAAGGUCCCCGAAGAAUGACUGCUCUUAUUCCUAAAUAUGACCAGAUCAAUGCUCUGAAGAACUCAUCUGUUUUUGAGGAAUGGAAACGAAAUAAUAAAGCAAUCCUUCAAUUGAAGAAUAAGACUCCCGUUUGGAACGACGGUAUCAUUGAUUGA